GUGAUCUACAGCAUCACGGAUGCCUCGCACGCCGCGGACUUCGACGUCUCCGCCAACGGCAUCCCUCUCGGCAGUCGCUCCCAGUCAGGGCGGAUCUUGGCAUUGGGGUCCCGGUCUCUCUUAGAUACCGGCAAGGGAACCCUACACAUCAUCGAGUACCACUCCAAUGUCCUGAAGAGAGUCUGCCGAAGCACUCUCCAAGCGGAGACACUGAGCCUGAUCUCAGGCUACGAGGAAGCGGAGCAUCUUCGAGCACUACUGUGGGGCGUUACUCACGACUACCACAGCCCCAACCUCAUCGAGGCGAUGGACAACACCCUGUUGGUGAUGAUGACGGACUGCAAGAGCCUGGAGCAACAUCUUCGUCAACCCGGACUAAGCACAGUGGCCGACAAGCGUUUGGCGAUUGAUCUCAGUGCCAUGAGGCAGCUGAUUUGGCGGCGGAAGGGAGAACUUACGGGUGAUCCCCUACUCACCGACGAGCCUCCAGACGACGCUACCACCCUCGUGAAGUGGAUAGACACCGCCACCAUGCUAGCCGAUGGCCUCACUAAGAAGAUGCGCAACCUCCAGAUCGACAAGGCCAUGCUGAAGGGCACGGUAGAGGUAAGCUACGUAAAGUUGGGCAACAGCAAAGCUGAGGCUACAAAGCUCACCUUGGAUGUGGAUCCGCUCGAUGCUUAG